AUGGCACAGAAGAUGGAAUUAAGCUGUGACCCAAAGAGAAGAGCGGAUGAUAAGAAGUUACCUGUGGCCACCCUGGCUCCUAAAAGAACACACAUUCUACUGUGUUUUGAGGAAAUCAAGGCAUGUGGGCCACGUUCCAGAUCUGAACUUACACAAGGUGAUGAAAAGGGAACAGCUCUAAGAGAUAAAGGCACGGGCAAGCUGGAGAAUCAGCAGAAACAGGAAAAUGAUGCAAGUGGACAGCCAGCCUUCCUGCACUCGGCCAGCAGUCCCGUCCGCUCGCUCCUACCUUUGCUCCGGAUCCUUGCUCCAACUGGUCCAGUCCCAGCUGGCGGGCGCUGGGAGGCGCGGGUGCAGCGGCCUCUAUUUGUAAACACGCUCCACGUGCGCUCGCCCAGCCCCGUUCGCAUCCCGCUCGUGGCACCUGAGGAUGCGCAGCUUUCUCGGGAGCACUCAGAGGUCGGCAGGCUGGAGCAGCCAGGCCAUCAGCGAAACCCACGCGGCACCUACAGACGCUGCAGCGGUGGCCCCGCCCCCUCCCGCCCUCUCCCGCCCUCUCCCGCCCUCUCAGUGGAGACUCCGCCCCCGCGCCGCGCGCACUCGCCUGCGCAGGCCCCGCCCCCUCGCCGACACAGCGUUCCUGCGGGGGCGCGCGCGUGCACCCUAAUCCCCCGCCUUCCGGCUCCGGCGGCGACGCUCGCCCCUCGCCGCUACCGCGCCACCAGUGUCAGCUUCCCUCUAGAGACUCCAUUUGCUUUCAGGGCAGUCUGGCCGCCGCGCUGUCUGGCGGAGAGCGAUGCUUCCGGCCCGCUGACUGGCGUUCCCUGGGCCAAGCGCUCGCUCGCUGCGGCGGUGACACCCUGGUCGCCGGCGUCCACGGAGGAAUCCGGGCUCCCUCCGCGUGAGCAAAGACGUCCCGCGCUCCGGAGCUCGCCCUGCGGGGAGAGGCCCUCGCUAACACGGCUUGUCUCUGACCUCUUAAUUUCAGGAGGUUUCGGAGGCACCGAGUGCUUAUACAGCUCCCCACAGGAACUACUUCUGUUGGCCCAUCGAGGAUCAUCUCUCACCAGGAUUAUUUUAACAUCUUCACUGAGCCUUCCACCUCAUAGCCUCUACCAUGAGUUCUGAUUUCUACCAAUGAAGUUUUUAAUGCUUUCUUUAAUCAUGUGACACCACCUCUUGUCCACCUUUUGCCUUUCCAGUUGCC